CUUUACUCUAUCCCAUCCCAGCGCUGCCGGUGGGGCGGAACACCUCUCAUCGACCAGUUAGUUUCUAGGAACUGCCGACAGACCUGGCACGCCACCGUGUUUUUCCACUACAGAUCUGUCACUUUGAUUUUCAAGUUUGCUGCAGUAUCUGAAUCUUGAUAUACAAUGGGAGAACGAGAAGAUCUAGUUUAUCAGGCAAAACUUGCCGAGCAGGCAGAGCGAUAUGACGAGAUGGUGGAGUCUAUGAAGAAAGUGGCUGGCAUGGACGUGGAGCUCACAGUGGAGGAGAGGAACCUACUAUCGGUGGCCUACAAGAAUGUAAUCGGAGCUCGGAGAGCCUCUUGGAGAAUAAUCAGCAGUAUUGAACAGAGGGAAGAGAGCAAGGGUGGAGAAGAGAAACUGAAGAUGAUCCGGGAAUACAGGCAAACGGUUGAAAAUGAGCUGAAGUCUAUCUGUGGUGACAUUCUGGAUGCACUGGAGAGGCACCUACUCCCCUCUGCAGUCAUGGGAGAGUCGAAGGUCUUCUACAACAAAAUGAAGGGCGACUACCACCGGUACCUGGCAGAGUUUGCCACUGGCAACAACAGAAAGGAGGCAGCAGAGAACAGUCUGGUGGCCUACAAAACCGCUACGGAUCUGGCCAUGAUAGAGCUGCCACCCACACACCCCAUCCGCCUCGGCCUCGCCCUCAACUUCUCUGUUUUCUACUACGAGAUCCUAAACUCACCCGACCGCGCCUGCAGGUUGGCGAAGGCUGCAUUUGAUGACGCCAUCGCAGAACUGGACACACUGAGUGAAGAAAGUUACAAGGACUCCACACUUAUCAUGCAGUUGUUACGUGACAACCUGACACUAUGGACUUCAGACAUGCAGGGAGAAGGUGAAGAACAAAGCAAAGAGGCACUGCAAGACGUUGAGGAUGAGGCCCAGUGAGACGACGCCACCCACCCAGCCACCAACUCAUGACCCGCCUUCCCCCACCUCCUCACACUCCUCACCUCUCCUUCGUCUUCCUCAUCCUCUCUCCCCCCCACUUAUUUUUUUUGGCAAGUCACCCACCUCCCCUCCCUUUUCCUUUUCUCCACCUCUGCAGCUCUGAGACCCAGCAGGGUCACCGAGUUUAACAUGUUUCUUUUCUCCUCUUUUUUUAUUUUUAUAUUAGCCCUUACAUCAGUCAGAAAAAAAACCACUUAACUGAGACAGGAAAUACGACGUUAGAAAGACGAAGAUGAAGCAGGAGGUCCCUGGAUUGUUUGCUGUUUUUGUCCUGGUACAAGCGGUUCUGAACAUGUAUCUUUGUUUUCAUUAUUGUAUUUUUGUUUUUGCUUUUCCUCAAUAUUUUUAUCAGUUGCUGGAUGUAUUGAGAUUUUUUUCUUAAUGUAAUUACAGAAAUUAACUUUUAUUACUGAUAAUGUUUAAUAUUAGUUAUGGGAGCUAUUUUAUCUGUUUUUAGUGAAAUGUCGAGCAGAUUAUUUGACCUUUUUACGGGCGGUUUGAGAGCCACAGCCGCCCUUCUUUUUAACUUGGUUUUUCAGAGGAAGUUGGCAAAAUUUUCGAUAUCCACGUGGGGCAAAGAAGUGCUUACUUUUUCCACCGUAGUGAUUCUGUCGUCAUGUUUUGUAGAUGUCCUCGGACUGUAUUUUGUGCUGACAUACUGUAAUCGUGUACACAUGCUGAAUCUUUGAAGGCUGUUGAUUUUAAUUUUAAAAAAAACAAAAGAAAAAAAAAAAGAAAACUUGGGAGAUUUGACAUGUUUAGAAGAAGAGAGAGCCCCAGAAAA